GCUUGGGAGCUCUGACCACAGCCCAGUGCACCAGUAACCUUGUCUGAUGUGAUCAUUAACCUUUUCUGGAAAAAGCAGCUGGCAGCCCUCUGAGGUCUGUCUGUAGGAUGCGGGGUGAGCUGGACAGAUACUGCCCAGACUAUUUACAGAUUAUUUCUUUCCUUGGAGAGCUACCGUUCACGUGUGUGUGAAAAAAAGAAAAAGAAAAUGAGAUUUCAGCACUAUUUUUUGGUAUUUUUUAUUUUUGUGAUGAGUCUCCUUUUUAUCACCGAACAGAGGCCAGUUAAUCUUCCCAGGAAAAGAAAACUCUACAGGCACAACUGCUUCCGAAGGAGAUGCGUUUCACUCCAUUCCCGGGUGCCCUUUCCCUGAGGUAUUCCUGGCUAAAUGGCUUUACGAAAAAUCUCUGAUUUCGUUGCCUCUACCAGAAGAAGAAUGAGAACGAAGAUGCCAGGCCGCCCUAACUCGACCCCAGCAUGGCAGUAGUGUGGCAGCUUGCGAGUUACUACUCAAGCAGGGGUCAUCACAAAGAACCUUGGAUGGUUUUUCAGCUCUCAGGACUGUUCUUCCUGGAUUUUCUUUGACAAGAAAGUAAUAUAAAUGUGAAACAGACUAGGCUGAAGCACUCUUCGCUUGUCCGUGUAACAGUCUCUCAUCUUUUUCUAUCCCUUAUUUUAUUGGCAUUUAUUCAUGAUAUAUAGUGAUGGGUUUCAUAAAGAUGUUUACGUACAAAUGUAUCAUGUACAUUGACUAUAUUUACACAUGUGUCCAUCAUGAUAUUCUCUAUUUACAUGCAUGUACAUUAUAUGUGUUGACUAUAUUUGUACACGUGCACUCUCCUUUCUCUCUCUUCACCCUCCCUUUCGUUAGCCCAGACAAUUUUGUUUCUGCUUUAAUGGCAUGUACAUGUGAGUGAUUUUAUUGCACAUUAUUCUUCUUACAUGGAUUAAAAAGAAAACUACUUCUUUAAUAUUA